UCGGCGGAACUUGUUGCACCUUUCAGUGCUUGGCAAAAUUGUUGCGCCAUCAUGGCGUUCUUCCAGGACACAACCUCAAUCGAUUUAACGACCACGUCGUUUUUCUUUGCGGUAGAAAACUCGUCGGUGCUCUCGGAAAACCAGACGAUGAGCUUUGUGGAGAACGUAACGGAGCUGCCGCUGGAUAUGCGAUUCAAUGCCGGCCAUAAGCUAUCCAUCACCAUGUACAGCAUCCUCUUUGUCAUCUCAGCCACUGGAAACCUCACAGUCUUUUUCCUCUUGCUGCAACGCAGACGCGGUGCACGCUCCAGGAUCAACACAAUGCUCCUCCAUCUGGCCAUUGCAGAUUUACUGGUGACAUUUUUACUGAUGCCCUUGGAGAUCGCUUGGGCUUUCACCGUGUCAUGGAAAGGCGGCGACGCGCUGUGCCGGAUAACAGCGUUCUUCCGCACAUUUGGCCUCUUCCUCUCCAGUUUCGUGCUCAUCUGUAUCAGCCUUGACAGAUACUACGCCGUUCUGCGUCCGAUGAGUCUGACGGCCGUUGACAAGAGGGGCAAAAUCAUGCUUACCACUGCCUGGAUCGCAUCUGUGGUCUGCAGUUUGCCGCAGGUGGUGAUUUUUCACGUGGAGCCGCAUCCGAAGCACACCUGGUAUGAGCAAUGCGUGACUUUCAACGUUUUUCCUUCGCAACGAGUCGAAUUUGCCUACACGGUGUUCGGCAUCGCCCUGAUGUACGGUCUGCCUCUCGCCGUGUUUCUGUUCUCCUAUGCGUCGAUCAUCUGCGAAAUCUACCGCCGAUCUCGAGACAUUGACAACGAUGGUGAUGACCGCAUUCGACGCUCGAGUCUCGGCUACCUCGGAAAGGCGAAAAUACGCACGCUCAAAAUGACCAUCAUCAUCGUGGUGGUGUUUUUCGUCUGCUGGACGCCUUACAACGUCAUGUCCCUCUGGUAUUUCUACGACAGGAAGUCGGCAACAGAGCUGGACCCACGCAUCCAGAAGGGGCUGUUCCUGUUUGCUGUGACCAACUCGUGUAUGAACCCGAUCGUGUACGGCGCCUUCAACAUCCGAGUAAGGCGCGCCGCUCAGGUGAGCAGCAGCCAGAGACUGCGACAGCCCGACACCGUGACCACUUCAGAAGCUGCAGGGGGACGGCAGCCGAGUCCGUGGGCGAGCCGCGGGGGCCCACGGACCGGAGGAGGCGAGCUGGCGCAAUGGCGGCGGCCGGCACGCACGACAGGGCCAUCACCGCUGUGGAGGCGCCCGUCGGCGCCCCAGGGGCCUGCGUUUCGUGGCGCCGCCGGCGGCAAUCGUCGCCAUCGGUGCAGCAGCAGCAGUGGCUCCAGCGGAGCCACCUUCGACCCCUGGGACCACCUGACCCCUUGCCCAUCCGCCACCCGGCUCUAAUAAUGGCGACGCCACCAUCGUCAUCGAAACCUCGUUCAACGAGCCGUGAAAUUUGUGUGCGGUUUGAGCGGCGUCUGUGUUUUCCUCCGCAGCGCUUUUUAUCUCCGACAGCAGGCUCUUCUUUUUCCAUAUGGGUAGUGUGAGUUUUUGCGCGCGCGACGACUCAACAUAUUGGAAGCGACGUGAAUGCGUGCGUGGAGCAGUAUUGCUGCCAGCCUGAAAGUAGGAUUUGCGUGGAUUUCCAAAUGUGAAUCACCGGCAGUGAAAGGCUAGUGCACUCUAAGCUUAUCUCGUGCGCGGACUCGACCAUCAGGAUUUGAGCAUUAGUUCGUUGUUUAUUGAAAAGUUAGGAGCAUAUAUUAUUCUAUAUCUGUGACUGUGAUGGAUCGAUUUUGCUUGUGUCAUCAAUGAAGAAUCUGACGUAAUACGAAAAUAGCGAACGAGAAUCAAUGGAAAAUAAAAAUCAAAGCUUAAAAUAUCAUGAAAUGACAUUAUGUGGAAAAAUUUAUCUAUGUGUUUCUUGAAAAUAAUUAGGAAUGUGAAAUUCUUAGUCCAAUGCACAAUUUGGAUGGAUAAACUUUAAAUAAAGUAAUUAUAUAUUAAUGUUAUGUCUCUAUGAGACAAAAAUGUUUCUCAUUCAAUACUCAAGUUCUAGAAGUUGUAAAAAAAUUUUGAGUGCAGCAAUAUUUUUCUUAUUUAAAGAGCAGAUUCUUUUAUAAACACGAAUCGAAAAAUUUAUACGGAUAAUUUGAUUGCUCAAUUUUCUUUGACAUUUUUAGUGGCUAGAAAACUCUUGAAUGUGAAACUCUGUCAAUAUGUGAUGUAUACGUGUGACCAGUGUAAAAAAAUAAAUGUAAAAUAUCAGUUGGAAGCACAAAAGAUUCUGAGCGAAUUGUGAGUUUCGUCCCUUGCUCAAAAAUAUGAUAUUUUUUUCAAUUUGCGCCCAUGUGGUUGGAAGUAAUCACAUAUAUACCCCGUUCUAUUCCUGGAUGUAACAAUGCGCUCUCCUAUCCCAACGAUGUUUCCAUUCAACUUUUUUCGCUGGUGAAAAAUGAGAACAUGUAAAAAAUAAACCUAUUCUGUAAAAUGUAGCUACCACCCAAGGUGCGGUAGCAAUUUUCUGGCGGUGUGCUCAAAACUUCGCGAAUCUCUUCAACCCAAAAAUGUACUCACAAAUAAAAUCUCCCACUUGAAUGUGA